AUGUCUGCCAACAUGUCCAUCAUCUCCUCUAAGGAUGCCUGCCCUCCUGCCGGCCCUUACUCCCAGGCCAUCCGCGCCAAUGGUCAGAUCUUCGUCUCCGGCCAGAUCCCCGCCGACUCCUCCGCCAACUUGGUCGAGGGCAACAUCGGUGCCCAGACACAGGUUUGCUGCGAUAACAUCAAGGCUAUCCUGACCGCCGCUGGCUCCAGCGUGGACAAGAUCGUCAAGGUCAAUGUCUUCCUGACUGAUAUGGCCAACUUCGCUGAGAUGAACGCUACUUAUGAGAAGUUCUUCGUCCACAAGCCUGCUCGCAGCUGUGUUGCUGUUCACCAGCUGCCCAAGGGUGUGCCUGUUGAGAUUGAGUGCAUUGCUCUGGAGUAG